UGCCACAAAGUUACACAGUUCGUUAUAGCUGCCUAACUGUUCUACAACGGUAACUACCGCCUGGUCUAUGCGUUGCUGGCAACUGACUUUUAGCAUCAAAACCCGAGCAACAAACUGUUACAAAAUGCAGCCUACAUGCCAUGUUCGCUUGCACAGCAAGGCAGCGUAUUGAAACGAAACGCGGAACAAUAAAGUUACAAGGUUUGAAUGCAGCAAGGAAUUCUGGGAGUCGUAGUCUGAAGACUUCUUUCAAGUGCGAGGGGUUCGCAAAUUCACUCCUCUCACGAACACAGGUCUCUAAUGAACGACUGACUAACCCUUCUAUUAAUUACAGAGCAUAUCCCUGGAUAUUCACUAGAGAGAUUGGUUCCGCCAUGCGGGUGGGCUGCCUUUCUUUCCGGCAACCUUAUGCUGGUUUAACGCUAAACGGCCUUAAAACUCUGGAAACGCGUUGGCGCCCUCUGUUGGCAGAAUUUCGGAACUGUACCAUUGCUAUUCACAUUGCAGUAAAAGAUUGGGAUGGACUUGACUGGAGAGACAUCUUAUUGAACAGAGCUGGCAUGUCUCCUACCCUAGUGCAACAGCUAAUAGACUCGGGAGAAAAGUUUGGUAGGGGGGUUAUUGCUGGACUUGUGGAUGUUGGUGAAACUUGGCAGUGCAAGGAAAACAUGCCCCCUCUGCAGGCCCUAGAACUGGAGAACAAAGCUCUUUUAAAAGGUCUGGAACAUAAGUACCUCACUGCCAUUUCCAAUGCUAGGUGGUUACUGCAGCCAGUUCCAGCAAGGGGUGGCAAGGAUGUUUGGGAAGUGGACAUACCAGAUGAGUUCAUCCCCUGAAAAGACAGUAUUUCUGGGACAUGUUCUAAAUUGCAAAUUGCUUUUUUAUGUAUAAGAAGAAAUAUACAAAAUUAAUUUUACAAUUGCAGAAUUUCCAUAUUCGGAUUGGGAGAUUUGCCGAGAUUUGGGAGGUUUGUUCUACUCCAUAAUACAUAAACAAUGUUUUAUGAACAGUAUGUUAUUGGUAGUGGACUGCAUUUUGGCAAAUUAAUUGAAAAAAGAUCAAGUAAAUCAAGUAUAAUAAGUAACUUACAGGUUUUGUCUCAGCAGAAAAAAAACACAUUUUACCCGCAUCUGUAGUUGCAGCAUGUGGGUCCUCCAUUUUUAACAUAAGAAGUGCAGGGAAUUUUAUUUUAAAGGGACACGGUUAUCUUUAAUUAAAACUGUUUCAUUUACAAAUGACACUCGUGUACUGUAUAUUUAAUUAUCAUAAAAGCAUAAGUAAAAAUA